AUUUUCCACUGUCCUGCUUGUGCGCACACAUGGUGGAGUCCGGUGUGCAUUGAAAAGAAUGUAUGUAAAUAAUGUGACUGACCUCAAUAUUUGCAAAAGAGAAAUAACAAUAAUGAAAGAGCUGUCUGGGCACAAGAACAUUGUGGGGUAUUUGGAAUGUGCUGUUAACUCUGUUAGUGAUAACGUGUGGGAGGUGCUCAUCUUAAUGGAGUACUGUCGUGCGGGGCAGGUGGUGAAUCAGAUGAACCAGAGAUUGCAGACAGGCUUUACUGAGGCAGAAGUGCUAAGGAUAUUUUGUGAUACCUGUGAAGCAGUUGCCAGGUUGCAUCAAUGCAAAACUCCCAUUGUUCAUCGAGAUCUAAAGGUCGAGAACCUUUUGUUAAAUGACAGUGGAAAUUACGUCCUUUGUGACUUUGGCAGCGCUACUAAUAAAUUCCUUAAUCCUCAGAAAGAUGGCGUUAAUGUAGUUGAAGAAGAAAUUAAGAAGUAUACUACAUUAUCAUACAGAGCUCCUGAAAUGAUCAACCUUUAUGGAGGGAAGCCAAUUACUACCAAGGCAGAUAUCUGGGCCCUUGGUUGCUUGCUCUAUAAGCUUUGCUUUUUCGUACUUCCCUUUGGUGAGAGUCAGGUUGCCAUUUGUGAUGGAAGCGUUACCAUUCCAGACAAUUCCCGUUACUCUCACAGUAUACAUUGUUUAAUAAGGUACAUGCUUGAACCAGAUCAAGAACGGAGGCCAGAUAUCUUUCAAGUAUCUUUCUUUGCCUUUAAAAUUGCCAAAAAGGACUGUCCAAUAUCCAACAUUAAUAAUUCUCCUCUCCCGUCCACUCUUCCUGAGCCCUUGACAGCUAGUGAGGCUGCUGCUAAGAAAAGCCAAAUAAAAGCUAGAAUAACAGAUGCCAUUGGACCAACAGAAACCUCAAUAGCACCACGACAAAGACCAAAGGCCAACACAAGCGCUGCCACCUCGAGUGUGCUAACAAUCCAGAGCUCAGCAACACCAGUCAAAGUGCCAGUCCCUGGUGAUUUCAACAGUGGGCAAAAAGGGGUCUCUAAACCUGGAAACAGUCAAGAGAGUAUGCUGUCCCAAGGAGCUAAUCAGCCUCCACAGCAAAACAGGGUACUGCAACAGCUACAACAAGGAGACUGGAGACUGCAGCAGUUGCAUCACCUACAUCACCAGCAGCAACAGCAGCAACAAUUGCUUCAGGAUGCAUACAUGCAGCAGUAUCAAGCAAUGCAGCAGCACAUGAUUCAGCAGCAACUUUUGAUGCAGUCUGUGUACCAGCAGCAGCCUCCCCCAUCCCAGUAUCCUGUCAUGCAGUACCAACAGGCCCUUUUACAGCAGCAGGCCCUUGCGAAGCAGCUGCCUCCACCGAAACAUUCUCCUGAAUUUCUUGCCUCUCCUCAGGAGUUCUCACCAGCCUUAAUGUCGCAUUCUAAAUCGUUUCCUGCUCAUGUUGGUGCAGCUCUGGAUACCCCAUAUACUGCUAACAGGUCAUCUGCCUCUGAUGCGGAGUCUGUUUCGAACUAUCCAAAGCAGAACAUCAGUAAUCCCCCUGAUAUGUCUGGUUGGAACCCGUUUGGAGAAGACAAUUUCUCCAAACUAACAGAGGAGGAGCUGUUGGACAGGGAGUUUGACCUUCUGAGAUCAAACAGGCUCGUGGAGAGGAGAACAUCCUCAGAUAAGAAUGUGGAGCCACAUUCAGCUCCACAGAACCAUCCUCCAGAAGAUCCCUUUGGGUCUGUUCCUUUCAUUUCUCACCCAGGCUCCCCAGGGAAUGAAAUUGAUAAUUCAGCCAGCAAUCUAGAAAGAACGGUAGGGGUCCCAAGCAAAAAGGAGACAUCGAGCCAGAUUACGGAGGAACACAAAGCUGGAGAGAAAGUGACAGAAGGACACACCAAAAAAGGGACCGAUGAAUCAGAGAGUGAUUUUGAGUCGGAUCCUCCGUCUCCUAAGAGCAGUGAGGAUGACGAAGAACAAGAGGAUGAAGAAGUCUUGCAAGGUGAGCCUGGAGACUUCAUCGAUGACAACGAUACUGAACCGGAGAAUUUCGGCCAGCGGCCCCUUCUCAUGGAUUCUGAGGACGAGGCUGAAGAUGAGGAUAAGCAGAGUUCCGAUUCUGACUCUGGUCAUGCCGGGGCUGUAGAAGACGUGCCUUGCAGCCGAUACAAAGAAGAGAUGGGCAGUGGUGAAGUCAGGGAGCCUAUGGCAGCUUUCUCUGGGUUGUCUGAGUUGCCAGGAACGGUUUCCCAGGGGAGCCCCAAACAAGAAUUUGAUGUGUUUGGCGCAGUCCCAUUUUUUGCUUUUCCACCCCAAGAGCCUACAUCAAGGCAAAAUGAUGGCAAGGAUCUCUCAUCCCAGGCGGCUUUCCCCGGCUUAGAACAAGAUCAAGACGACUUCGAUGUCUUCACCAAAGCCCCGUUCAGCAGAAAAGUGUCUCAGCAAGACGAUUUGCUGGCGGAUGCCGAAAACCAACCUUCUCCCUUCUCUCCCAAGAGCGUCGAUAUUUUUAGCUGCAUUCCAUUCCACCCCCUUUCCAUCCCAAAGGACAGCGAGAACAAAGAGGAUGUCUUUGGGCUCGUUCCGUUUGAGGAGGUAGCCGGGAACCAGCAGCAACAAAAAGUGAAGCAGCAGCGGAACCUACAGAAACUCUCUUCCCGCCAGAGACGUAUGAAACAGGACGCCCCCAAGAGUAACGGGAAGCGCCAUCACGGCACUCCGACUAGCACCAAGAAGACCCUGAAGCCAAGUUACCGCACACCGGAAAGAGCCCGCAGGCACAAGAAGGCCGGCCGUCGGGAUUCCCAGAGCAGCAACGAGUUCCUCACGAUCUCCGAUUCCAAGGAGAAUAUAAGCAUCGCGCUGACGGACAGCAAGGACAGAGUCAACCCUCUGCAAGCGGACGACGGUCUCCUGGACCCUUUUGGAGCCAAGCCGUUUCACCCAACGGAGCUGGUGCGUCUCCCACAGCAUCAAGGCUUGGGUGACCAUCGGGCGGACCAUAACGCAGUAGUGCCCGGUAGACCGAGACAAAGUUCGCUCAUCGGUGCCAUCCAUUCGGGUGACGGGGUGAAACUAACGGACGACUUUGGGGCCGUUCCUUUCACAGAACUUGUCGUGCAGAGCGUGCCGUCUCAGCAGGGCCAGCCGCAACAGACAGUAGAGUUGGAUCCGUUUGGGGCCGCUCCGUUUCCUUCCAAACAGUAGGUUUCUUCCAGGAGCGUUUCUGCAUUAUUUAAUGCGGAUUUUUCACACCGUGGUGCUCUGCCUGGUUGAACUGAGGAGAAGUGGAUUUUGGUGCAGGCCGUUCCGUCUCUUUGGUGGCCAGAUCCUUAGAUUUUGAAACCGACUACGUUGAAACAUGCAAUAUUUAGGAGGAGGUGGAAGCGUUUCAGCUAAAAGAUCAGACUUCCAAAUGAAAGUGAUCAAAGGGUAGCUAUGGUGGCUGUUCCCUGUGACUGUAUUUGCACAUAACCACUGUGUCCUUUUGCAAGGCAGUUACACUGCAAGGAGGCAGCGGCUACUGGAAUGGGUCUGCCAUAGGCCUGAUGGGAGAGGAAUCCGGAAUCUAAAUGUUGAAAGCCGAGCUGAUCUGGAACGACAUCAUUUUCUUUGAUCAGCGUCUUUUCCUGGUCAGCGUCUCUGAACUUCAGAACUUGAUGGCUUGAGGAGACACUCACGUUGGUUUCCAAAUAACCCCAAACCUUUGUAUAUGUACGUGCCAGGAUUCUGUUUGGUCCCCCCCCCCCCUCGCAAUAAGUGCCAUUAAUAUAACACAGGGACAGAGAAACCUAGUGUCGUAACUCUUAAAAUACCAAGACACGGGUUACGAGUCUAGAACAAAUUGAGAAUGCAGGGGAGGGGGGGAAUCAAUAACGGUCUAUAACUGGACUUUGCAGCACUUUGAGGCAACACAAUGCAUCUGAAGAGCAUGUGGUUUAUUUGCGUGUAGCGUUGAUGACAGGAGAAGACACAAACCAGAAUACUGGUAGCAAGUAUAAACAUGGCAAAAAUCUGUUAUACGGUAGGAUUUGCACCCAAUUUACGUUGUUCUUACUGAGGUUUGUAUUCCAGAUAAACCGUGUUUACUUUAGGAAUGGGUUUUUAAUCCCUCUGUAAAAUUGCUGAUUACCUAAUUCUUUGAAUGCCGUCUAUUACACAAUAUUGUACCUUUAAUCUGCCCUCUAGGAGUUUGUGCAAAAAUGCACUGAGCUCUAAA